UCAGAUCACCGUACACAAUCCUUCCUCGGACAUUAAGCCAUGUUAUUAAACCCCAACGUUUCAACAGAAGAAAAAUCUUCGAUAAUUAACUUAUCGAUGUCUAUCAUGACCUUACAUGCUUCUAUCGUGUCAACUAUCUGGGAAAGCACGCCAAUACAAUUGCCCCUUCAACCUCAACGGGCGGCAUAGUGCCGGAACGGGAAUAGUUGGUGUCUCACAGCGCCGGAGACCCCAGUUCGACCACCUCCCAUAUCCCAAAGUCUCGGGGGUCUGCACAUUUAUUGGCCUCUGUAAAAAAAAAAGCCUCGUAUGUAGAGAGUGUUUGCGUUUUGGGAUUGCACAGAACGAGUGUGGGCUGCUGAACGAUGGUGGGAUUGGACUCGGCGUGCCGAAUGAGCCUGUUUCCACCUCCAUCUGUAAAACUAAAACUAGAUCUGUGUGCAGACGUUAUUCCAGUGGCCUUUCCAGGAUCAAUCAAUUUCAGUCUUCAGUGGUUACUCCCAUAACACCAGGACUGUGAAUGUUAACAGGAGAAUGCAUACUAUUCGGUGCCAAAUGAAAAUCCACGGAGUGGGAACGAACAUUUGCCUCAAACAGCUGAUCUUUGAAGAAUAUUUAUUGUCUGCUGAGAGGAAGUAGCAUGGGAGCCGAGGGAGCAAAACAUUAUUCCUCAGCAGUGCUCUAUCGAGAGUCUUUGCCGCCGAAACAGCUGCCGGGGCUCCUUGCAUUAGCGAUUCCAAGGCAGAGGAGUCGAUAACUGAACUCCUUCCACUCUGAAUCAAUAAUGUGCAGAGAUAUAAGAAAGCAGAAAAUAAUGAUCAAGAGCGAGUAAGUUUAGAAAUUUCGCCUCGAUGAAUGGGCGAGAGGAAGUUUCAAAUGCCCUCUCGAACUAUGAACUGGAUCCUUCAAAAUGAAGAGCAAGAGAAAAAUACUGAAGGACGAAAGUAGUUUAGGCCAACUUAAUCCAGACGAAAUGUGUAAGGAGGAACUACAGAUCCUGGAUUAAACCGAAGUUACACACACAAUGCUGGAGUAACGAAGCGGGACAGGCAGCAUGUUUGGAGAAAAGGAAUGGGUGGCGUUUCGGGUCUAGUCUGAAGAAGAGACUCGACCCAAAAUGUCACCCAUUCCUUCUCUCCAGAAAUGCUACCUGUCCCCCUGAGUUACUCCAGCAUUUUAUGGCUAUCUUCACCUAGAAGAAGGUUCACAAAAAAGCUGGAGAAACUCAGCGGGUGCAGCAGCAUCUGAGCGAAGGAAAAAGGCAACGUUUCGGGCCGAAACCCUUCUUCAGACCUUCACCUAGAAGAAUAUAGUUUCUUAUUUUCCCCUCUUCGCUUGUGUCGUCUACCACAAGACCAGUCCUCCGUCACCUUUGCUACGCCUCCCCUUAUAUACCUUCAGCUUAAUACGUUCAGAGAGUGUCCUGUUGGCGAGUCAUCGACAAGCAUCACACCCUUCGCGCCCAAUCAGGAGGUUGGUUUAUAUUCAACUGACAUUUCCUGCUAAAAUAGGUCACUUGGGCACAAAUCCAUUUUCCUCUGCAACUCACUUCCUUCGGUGGUUUAACUGCAGCAAGUUGGACGCUCAACAUGAGAGCACGUCGUAUCACGAACAAGACCUGACCUUUAGGGAACUGCUAUCUCCAACGAAACAACGCCACAGUUUCUGGAUAGACCUGAUUCUGUUCUACAAUGUUAAUCUAUUUGUACCUUUGCGCGCUGUGGAUUUUUUAUGAAGUGGCUCCAGCGACAAUAUCCCAGAUCCCUAAAGCUAGCACGGUGAUGGUGGGAACAGAUAUCACAUUCGAAUGCGUUACCAGCGAGGUGCCGAACAAAGCAAGUCUGAUUGUAAAUUGGUGGAAACUUGGUGAUGAAGGGCUAUUACAACCAAGUUCCCAUGGCAGAAAACAGGUUAUUCCGUUGGAAAACGUAAGGAGUUUGCUCAAAAUCUUUGAUGUCCGUGUCGCCGACUCUGGGAUAUACUACUGUAAUGUAGUUCAGCAAACAGAUGAGAUUGUGAAAGGAACCGGAUCCAGGCUUGAGGUGCACGCUUCUCCAGAACCUGUCAGCCUUUCCACCAAAGCGCCGGAAACAAACUCGUCCAAUCUCGUCCUCGUGUGCAAGACAGGAGAGUUUUACCCGGAGUCUCUCACCUUCAUUUGGUAUAAAAACGACACCAACAUUGAGACUGGUAUCAGCACUAGUAAAAUCCUGAACUCAAACGGAACUUAUGCAGCGUCCAGCAGCUUGCAAACAUUGCAGCCGUCCGGCAGUAGCGCUUUGUACACCUGUCUGGUAACCCACCGCACACUUCAGAGUCCAGCUAUGGCUAUUUACGUUGAUGCCAGUUUUAAUCCGGCCAAAGAAAAACCACAGCUGUUCCUCGUGAUUUUUGGAUGCACAUUGAGCGUAUUGGUUUGCCUUACCGUCAUAGUUCUCAGUCGGAGAAAAUGCCAAUUCCGUAAACAGGAAGAUCAUUAAGGAGGAGGUUGAAUAUACGCCAGUACACCAUCGUAAAUGGCGCAAAAGAUAAGAACGAAAGUGGUGUGAAUAACCUCUAGAUAUCCACUUGAAACAAUGACCAAUGAUGCAGCAGGACAAAUAAAUAAUUGGAUGAGCUGGAGACUACAUUAACCUGAACCACACGAACUGCCAUCUGUUAAUAAAAAUGUCAAUGUGGCAAUUCUGACAACUUCAAAUUAAAGCGGAUCAUUAUUUCUUGCUCAUUGCACACGCGCGUGUGUGUGUGGCUCUGUGUGUGUGUGCUCGCUUGUGUGUGCGUGUGUAUUAGAGUGUGUGUACGUGUGUGUGUGUGUUUGUGUGUGUUUGUGCGUGUGUGUGCGUGCGUGUGUAUGUGCGUGCGUGUGUACGCGUGCGCGUGUGUAUACGUGCGUGUGUAAACGUAUAUGUGUAUGUGCGCGUGCGUGUUUGUGUGUAUGUGUUUGUGUGUUUGUGUGUGUGCGAGCGUGUGUGUAUUACGCGCGUGUGUGUGUGUGUGUGUGUGUGUGCGUGUGCGUGUGUGUGUGUGCGUAUCUGUGAACGCACGUCUGUUUAGGUGGUUUGGGUUUUUCAUGAGCAUGGGUUUGUAAGAAGGUUUAUGCCCGGUUUUCUCUCUGGGUGUGAGCGUGCUGAGCCUGCGCUUUUGCGCGUAUUUGUUCAGUACUGCAAGUCUGGUCUGAAAGCUUGCAGCUAAAUGUUAUUUGACAAAUCAUUAAUUAAUUAACAUAAUCUAGUUUAAAGGUCAUCAACUUAAUUAAUGUUGUGGAAUUAUAA